UCUUCCCCCUGACAGCAUGGCAUCCUGUGCCGAGCCCUCUGCCGCAGGCCCGGAUCCCACCGCCUCACUGCCUGCCAGAGUCCUGCCACUGGAGGACUUUGAAGUGCUGGAUGGAGUGGAGGACGCAGAAGAGGAUGAAGAAGAGGAGGAGGAGGAUGACCUGAGUGAGCUGCCGCCACUGGAAGACAUGGGGCAGUCCCGACCAGAGGAGCCAGAGCAGCCUGGGGCCCUGGCCCGCGAAUUCCUGGCCACCAUGGAGCCUGAACCCACACCAGCUCCAGCCCCCGACGAGUGGCUGGACAUCCUGGGGAAUGGGCAGCUGAGGAAGAAGACGCUGGUCCCAGGCCCACCUGGCUCCAGCCGCCCUGUCAAGGGCCAGGUGGUGACUGUUUGGCUGCAGACGUCUCUGGAGAAUGGCACGAGGGUGCAGGAGGAGCCAGAGCUGAUGUUCACCCUGGGCGACUGUGAUGUCAUCCAGGCCCUGGACCUCAGUGUUGCGCUCAUGGAUGUGGGGGAGACCGCCAUGGUCACCGCUGACUCCAAGUACUGCUAUGGCCCUCAGGGCAGGAGCCCCUACAUUCCCCCCAACGCGGCCCUGUGCUUGGAGGUGACCCUGAAGACAGCGGUAGAUGGGCCUGACCUGGAGAUGCUGUCGGGGCAGGAGCGCGUGGCCCUGGCCAACCGCAAGCGAGAGUGUGGCAACGCCCACUACCAACGGGCUGACUUCGUGCUGGCCGCCAACUCCUACGACCUCGCCAUCAAGGCCAUCACCUCCAGCGCCAAAGUGGACAUGACGUUUGAAGAGGAGGAGCAGCUGCUGCAGCUGAAAGUGAAGUGUCUGAACAACCUGGCAGCCUCGCAGCUGAAGCUGGACCACUACCGUGCAGCGCUGCGCUCCUGCAGCCUCGUGCUCGAGCACCAGCCCGACAACAUCAAGGCGCUCUUCCGCAAGGGCAAGGUGCUGGCCCAGCAAGGCGAGUAUAGUGAGGCCAUCCCUAUCCUGCGGGCUGCCCUGAAGCUGGAACCUUCCAAUAAGACGAUCCACGCAGAGCUCUCGAAGCUGGUGAAGAAGCACGCAGCCCAGAGGAACACAGAGACUGCUCUGUACCGGAAGAUGCUGGGCAAUCCCAGCCGGCUGCCUGCCAAGUGCCCUGGGAAAGGAGCCUGGUCCAUCCCUUGGAAAUGGCUGUUUGGAGCGACUGCCGUUGCCCUGGGGGGCGUAGCCCUCUCUGUGGUCAUUGCUGCCAGGAACUGAUAAUCCAGAUGGCUGCCAUCCCCCUCUGCGCACCGUGGACCCUACCCCACGCUCCCCAACUCUCCCGGCCCCCAUCCAUUGCCCUUCCUGGCCCAGCCCUCUCCUCCAGGUUGGGGCAGCAAGGUUUGGGGGCCACGUAGCCCAGCAAGCAGGAGGGACUGCAGCCCUCAAGGAGGA